AUGUCUGCUCUUGCACGCUUCGCUCCCCUUACUGCCCGGGCUGCUGCCGUCCGCACCGUCCCCGCUGUCACCGUCGGCGCUCGCUUCCUCUCGUCGACACCCAAGUGUGAGAAGGGGCCUGUGGAGACCACCAAGGAUACACUGAAGAAGGCGGAUCGGAUUGUGUCCGACUAUGCCGUCAAGGGAAUCAACAAGGGUGAGGAAGCCACGAACAAGCUCAAAGAGACCGUAGGCAGCUCGACUGCCGAGGCUGAGGGUAAGGCGAAGGGAACGGUGGAGGAGCUGAAGGGUGACGCCGCGGAGGUUGCCGGCAAGAGCAAGGGCAAGGCGGAGGAGGCUCUGGGCUCGGCCAAGGGAACAGCCAAGGAGGUAUAUGGGGAGGCCAAGGGCAAGGCCAAGGAGAUGGGUAACAUGUGA